CCUUUUUCUAGUUGGUCAACUUCCAAACGGGGCCUUAGACCUAAUCCACACGGAUAACAAAGCAGAGCUUCUCCCCUGUUUUUGUCCUCUGAAGAAACUGCGAACGCAACACGAUGCCUCUCACCCUCUCACUUCUGCAACUACCUCCGUUGAAGUCUCUCUCUCUCACUUCCACCUUCAUUCAUGGCUCCUCUCCCCUCACUCUCCUCUCUAAACCUUCUUCGUCUCUGACACCGCAGAAGCCACACGCACCCCCUUUUCUCCCUCCAAUUCGAGCCAAGAAGUCAUUGCAGGGCCGAGUGAUCUGCGCCACGAGCGACAAGACCGUGGCUGUUGAGGUGGUCCGCCUCGCGCCACACCCCAAGUACAAGAGACGGGUCAAGAAGAAGAAGACAUUCCACGCUCACGACCCCGAAAACAAAUUCAAAGUGGAUGACAUAGUGCAGCUUGAGAAGUGCAGACCCAUAAGCAAGACUAAGUCGUUUCUUGCUAUUCCGGCGCCCCCCAGGAACGUGAGGAAGCCCGUUGAAGCCAAGCCCACAGAGCUUGGGAUUCCGCUAGAGUCUGAACAGACACAGUGAGCUUCCUGUUGUUCACUUGUAAUUUACGGCAUUUGCUUGGCUUUGACUGCUUUUGCUUUGUGUUACCAUUGUGGUUUGCUGGCAUAAUUUGGAGUUGGUGUGGUUUGGGUAAUGGGUUUGAGUUAGGUUGGAUAUAUUGUCGUGUUCACGGUCAUUAGAUGUCUUUAAAUUUCGGGUGAUUGGUAUUGUGUGGACUGGAUUGAGUUGCGUCUGCUUUGUUUGAAUGUUUUCGAUAAUGGGUUUCGUUGAAUUACCAAGUUAAUGGGGUUUUCUUACGAAUUA